CCCGCUCCCUCUCCUCCGUCUCUCCCCCCUAUUUACAAAUAGGAGAAAGGCUCCCUCGCAUUCCCCCCAAAUUCUCUCCCUUCUGAAUUCUCCCGUCUUCCUAGCAUCUUACACUUCCAGGCUUCAAAACUUCUCUCUCUCUCUCUCUCUCUCUCUCUCUCUCUCUCUUCUCGAGGGCGUUUUCGCGAUACGAGGAAAAAUGAGUCGCCAUCCGGAAGUUCUUUGGGCACAACGUUCUGAUAAGGUUUACCUAACCAUUGCUUUGCCGGAUGCCAAGAAUGUCUCCGUGAAAACUGAGCCUCAGGGGCAUUUUAGCUUCUCUGCCACCGGUCCUCAAGGAGAAUCCUUUGACUUCAAUCUGGAACUUUAUGGAACUAUAAUUCCCGAGGGGAGUAAAAUAAAUAUUGGAUUAAGAAACAUACUUUGCUCUAUCCAGAAAGAGCGGAAGGGCUGGUGGAAGAGACUGGUGAAGUCUGAUGAGAAACCUGCUCCGUACAUAAAGGUCGACUGGAACAAGUGGUGUGAUGAGGAUGAAGAAGAGUCUAUCAAGUCAGAUACGCUCGUCUCUGAUGACAGUGACAAUGCCUUGGAGAAAGGUGAAGGUGAUGAGAGUAGUGACGAUGAAGGAAUGCUCUAUCUUCCAGAUUUGGAGAAGGCCAGAGGAAACUAACAGAACUGCUUACUGACAUCAAAGGAAAUAGAAAUACCAUUUUCAAUGGGUGAUUUUCAUACAGGUAGGCGCAUUCAACAGUCAGGCUGAUGCUACCCUUACACCGUAGCUUUGUAUAUACUAUUUCUGAAUCUCUGAUUCAACCAUUGAAAGUGUUAGGCAUCACUUUCUUGUAAGAUGGUCUGCUCAUGUCCCUAUCCUACCUCCUAACACAUCAAGAAAGAAUGCAUACUGCUUAAGUUUGUUGGGGGACC